AUGGAAUAUGGUGUGUAUGUGCAACAUUCUUUUGAUGGCAAUGUGAUUCAAGUGUGUCUUUAUGUAGAUGAAAUACUUUUGACUGGGAGUUGUACUUAUGAUAUAAACAAGUUCAAGAAGGUGUUGAUGAAUGCAUUUGAUAUGACUGACCUUGAAAAUAUGGUAUAUUUUACAGGGAUGGAGAUUUUGCAUUAUGAGAAGGGAAUUAUUGUGUAUCGACUAAAAUAUGAACUUGAGUUGCUGAAGAGAUUUGCGAUGAUGAAUUAUAAGUCAGUAGUCACACCUACUGAGACAAAUCAUAAGCUAUACUCUGAUGAUGAUGGGGAGGAUGUAGAUGCUACAACCUUCAAACAAUUAGUUAGUUGUCUGAGAUAUUUUUUUAACACUAGGCCUGGCAUAUGUUAUGCAGUUGGAAUGAUGAGUAGGUUUAUGAGUAAACCAAAGUGGUCACAUUACCAAGCUGCAGUCAAGAUUCUGAGAUAUGUAAAAGGAACUUUGAGGUAUGGAAUUUUGUUUCCAUAUGGAGUGUUAGAUGAUACCGAGCUGAUAUGCUAUUGA